AUGGGAGACACGGAUCGCCUGCUUCGUAGCACCCCAGGUGCUAGCGAUGUUGACAUCGAGCUACAAGAGCGCCCACAGACACCUUCGGGGCAACACCCAACUUCAAGACCCCAGAGGCCUAAGAAGUCAUACAAAGUCUGUUAUUUAAUAUUAGGCUUUUAUGUUCUCGCUGUUGUCUUUUUUCUAGGUCAUUUCGGCUUCUUCCAUUAUCUUGACGGCAAGCUUGCCGGGGACACCGUAGGCCAGAGCCUCCAGGCUGCGAUAGCAAAUGUUUUUGCCGUCUUUGUGGACAUUUGUCUCCUCGGAGGCCUCGGAGUUGCCUACAACCAAAUUCUCUGGAAUCUUCUGCGCAAGAAGCCGUUCCAAGCUCAGGUAAUCGACAAGAUGGUUCACCUCCCUGGGAGCCCCUGGGACCUGGUCCAUUGCAAAAUCCUGCGUCGGCUUUGCCAUCUCAAGAGUGUGUGGAUAACUACCCUGCUUUGCGCAACGAUUCCCUUCUGGUUGAUCUUCCCCCCUGGUUGCGUCGAAACCAAGUUUCUGAACAAGAACGAAACGACGUACCAUGAUGUCAAGACGAUGAACAUCAGUGACUAUGGAAAUGGCACCGUUCGGCAGUUCGUCGAGCACUCGCUCUUUGAGAUGAAUGGCGACUUGAAUUAUGGCCCAACAUGGGCAAGACCGAGACUGAAGGCAAUGGCUGGUCAAGUUUUGGCCUCAGGAGAGCCCGUCAAAUUUGACUCACCCUGUGGCAGUUCGUGCGCCUAUAACAUUUCUCUUGAAGGACCCAGUUUCCACUGCGAGGAACCCGAACAGAAACCUGCAAAAUGUUUCCCCAUAUACGAAGCCAAGGACCUGGUUAAGUCUCGCGCGAAUGGCGAAUCGUAUACUCUAUGGAACAACGCCUUCCAGGUAACUUGGGACCCGAAGCCAAGACCUGGUGGCUGUGACCUCAAGUCUCGCAGGAGCCUUGUGUGUCGCAUGAAAUUGUCAACCUACACGCUCCAAAUCGAACACUCGCUCGACGCCUCACGGUCCAUCAAAGCCACGGUCGAUAACCACAGGGAUGUGUGGACCGACGAGGCUUGGAUUCAAGCGCAGUUUUACUAUUACUUUUAUAACGUGACUCGCAGUGAGCUGUGGCCGGAACCGAUCCGUCUCGAUGAACUGCACACCAAUUUUACAAAGUCCCAAGCAUUUGCAAUUCGACAAGCAGCAGUGAAUGCCCUCCAAGGCCAAGUACAGCUAAGUAUCGAUGCUCUCGCCUUGUCGUUCCAAGGAAACGCAUCACUGGUCCUGGGCAGCCCAUACAUCGGUCUCCACGACAAGUACAAUCCCCAAUUCAACAUCUCGGCUGAGAACAUAGAGCGCUUCCUCCAAGAUGUCGUCAUCUCGACGCUAUCUCUCGGCACAUCGACACACAAUGGGGACAUCAAGGCGCUUGUCGGAACCGAAGUGUACGUCUUCAGCGAAAAGCUACAGUUCUUCCUACCUUAUGGGGUAUGCCUCGGCAUGGGGCUUCUUAUUAAUUUUUAUGGUUUCUGGUGUUGGAGGCGGAAUGGGUCGGCCGCUGGGAAUAGCUUCCUCCAGUUCGCUACAACGACGAGUUCAAGCAAGACCUUGAAUGAACUCGUGGCGCUGUGCCCCGGGGGAGAUGAGCAUGUGCCAAAGAAGCUGAAGGAACUUGAGCUGCAGUUUGUGAACGGCAGAUUCCGCGUUAAAGGCGAAGGAACAAACCCUCAACCCUGA